AUGCCUCGAAAACAACAAAACAAAAAGAUUCCUUUCGCUAAAGGCUUUACUCGGCCGAACAAGAAGGAAAUCAAACAAGCCAUCGCAUCCGACGAAAUUUAUUAUGAUUUUGAAAUGAAAAGGCCAUCCGAUGGAAAAACUUUAUUUUAUAAACCAGUUCCAGAUCCCACCUCUAUCGAUGAUUGGCUGGCUCAGUAUGUAGAGGAUAGAGAUAGUUAUGACGAAUGGAUGGAUUUGAGAAAGAGAGUUUGUAAGAAAAAUACGAUUCGGUUGGAGAAGGAUAUUUGUUUAUUAUGGAUUGAAAGAGAAAAUACCAAUCAUCCCAGAAAACAGUUCUUGGUGCAUUUAAAAAGAUUUAUUGAAGCAUUUUAUUAUGGCAUUCAUGUUAGAAUUUUAGAUCCAUUCAUGAUUAAGAAGUCAAAAAAACAAUAUUAUAUCGAAUUUAAUGACGUGAAAUAUAACAUUUCAUCAAGAAGAUGCCACGAGUACGAUGAAGACAAAGCAGGAGAGAAUGAGAUCCAAUUCAGAGCUGCUGAUGUGCUUGUCCCAAUUCAUAGAUUGAAAAAAACAAUCGACACUGAGAUAUCUUGCAUAUGUGGAGUCACCAUGGAGGACCUUUAUAUUGGUAAAAAGGACAGCUUUACUUGUGGUUUAGCACAAGGAGGCGAUCAUAUUGGCGUGUUUUCAAUGUGUAGGUACAACCCAGAAUUUAGAAAUGAAGACGAGAACUCUACAGAAGAAAAGGAUAUUUCAGUUGAAUGGGAUAGUGAUGGUAUUGUUGACGAGGAAAAGCUAAGCUCAAAUGAUUUGAUUAUCAUUGAGAGAUGUUGCAAAAUUGUUGUACAUGAACUUGCUCAUAUGCAACAGAUUGGGCAUUGUGUGUUUUUUGAUUGUAUUAUGAAUGGUAGUGGAUGGUUGGAAGAAGAUUAUCGCCAGUCCAUUCAACUGUGCCCAGUGGAUUUGAGAAAAUUUCAAACUCUCAUGGAUUUCGACAUUCUAGAAAGGUACAAAGCCUUAUUAAGAUUUUACAAGGCAUAUCGUAUCAACGACGCUGCCUUGUGGGUGGAGGACAUGAUACAAUAUUUGACGAAGCGUCAACAAGAACUGCAAGACAAUGAUAUCCAUGAAGGAGCCCAUGAUAAUUCUUGCUCCGCAAAGAAAACAAAAAUCAAAUAA